UAGUAAUUUUAUGUUGACGUCUUUUGCUUUAAUACUUUAAUUGUAUCAGUGUAUUUUCAAACACAUACCUCAACAUGUAUGGUAAGUAAUAUUCUGUGUACCAUACAAUAUAUUAAACAUUAAAUAUAUAGCUACACACAUUACAAAUCAAUUUGUAUGCUUCUAAAUAUUAUUGUGUAAAGACUGUACAUAAAAAAAUAUUACUUCCUUUGUAAUACAAAACUGUGUUGGGUAAAAUAGAAAUAUUUUUUACUUAUAUACACAUUAAUUAUUUUCAUGACCUUGCUGAAUAUUUAAUGUGUUUUUAGCGACAUCUUCUGAAUAUGUUGACAAUCCGAAGGUCAAUGGCAUUUGUGGGCUAACAGUUUGAUAAGAAAAACUCGCUGAUAAUGGCUUAGUUAUAAAAAUCUAAUUUUUUUUAUUAGACUGGGUUUCUCAGUUUCAUACAUAUUUUUUUUUUUAAUAUCGAACAUGGAUAACAGUAAAUUGAUAUUGAAACAAUUUCACAAUUGUAAUAUACUACGGGAUGGCAAGAUUAUAAGUGAAGAUUUAUGGGUUCGUGAUGGAAAAAUUAUAAAUCCCGAAAAGAUUUUUUACGAUGAAAAAAUUUUACCUGAUUAUAAAGUAGAUUGUCAAGGCGCACUAAUUUCACCAGGUGGUUUUGGUGUAGAUUUUUCACAUAAUAUCGAGAAUGUCGAAGAAGGUAUAAACAAGGUAGCGAAAAAAUUAUUAGAAUAUGGUGUUACGUCAUUUUGUCCUACAUUAGUUACAUCUCCUAGUGAUACGUAUUACAAAGUGCUGCCCAAGAUAAAAAAACAAAACGGUGGUAGUCACGGAGCAACUAUUUUAGGUGUUCAUUUAGAAGGUCCAUUUAUAAGUCUUCAUAAAAAAGGUGCUCAUCCUGAAGAAUAUAUUAAAAAUUUUGAACAUGGAUUUAAAUCGUUAAUUGAUAUGUAUGGGAUUUUGGAUAAUGUUUGUCUUCUUACAUUAGCUCCUGAAAUUCCAAAUGCCAUGUCCGUAAUUAAUGAAUUAUGCAAAAGAAAUAUUAAAGUUUCAGUAGGACAUUCUAUUGCCAGUUUAAAUGAAGGAGAAGCAGCAGUACAACAUGGGGCCACGUUUAUUACACAUCUUUUCAAUGCAAUGUUACCAUUCCACCAUCGUGAUCCAGGACUAGUUGGCUUAUUGACAUCUGAUCAAAUACCACCUGGAAAGGUUGUUCAUUAUGGGAUCAUAGCUGAUGGUGUUCAUACUCACCCUGCAGCAUUAAGAAUUGCGCAUAGAACACAUCCUAAAGGACUCGUUCUUGUAACUGAUGCAAUAUCAGCAUUGGGUUUGAAAGAAGGUGUACAUCAACUAGGUCAGCUUGAUAUAGAAAUACGUAAAGGACGUGCCUAUAUUGCUGGUACCAAUACUCUUUGUGGUAGUAUGGCUGAAAUGUCUAAAUGUGUACGUAUUUUUAAGGAAGCAACAGGCUGCUCAGUAGUUGAAGCCUUAGAAGCUGCAACCUUGCAUCCAGCAAGAGCAUUAAAAAUUGAAUCUAAAAAAGGAGUAUUGAAUUUUGGUGCUGAUGCUGAUUUUGUUUUACUAAAUGAUAAUCUAGAACUCCUAUCUACAUGGAUAUCAGGAGAUUGUGUUUAUACUAAAUGCAAAUGUAUCUUGCAAUCUUCAUGAACUAUGUUUUGUCAGUAUGAAAAUAUUAACAUUAUGAAACAGACAAUAUUUUGACUUUUAAAUAAUAACUUAUUGUAUUACUUCAUGGCUGUGAAUCUCACGCCUAUCAUGUUAAAGUGAAAGUAUUUGCAGAUUACAUUUACUUCAUUGAAUAUUAUAUAUUUUAUAUAUUACUUUUUUAUUUCCUAAUGUUAAUCUUAUGAAUUGUAUAAUAGCUAUUAAUCUCGAUUUGUUUAAUAUAUGCUGUUGCAUACAAAGUCUGCACAAACAUAAUAUUUUAUUAUUAUAUUCUUGUGCAGUUCGUAUUUUUAAAAAUUUUAAUGUGCAAUGUAAAUAUAACAAAUAUUUACAUUGCACAUUAAUAUACAAUAUGGAUAAUACAAGUAGAAUAAUUAUUUACAAUUUAUAUUAUUUUAUUUGUAAAACAGCAUGUAUAUAUUAAUUACAAUACGAUUAUACAUAUGUAUGGUAAUCAUUUAUUACUUUUAAAUUGAUAUAAAUAUAGAAAUUAAUUUUAAAAAGAAAAUAUUGUCUGCAUAAUGCAUAUGUGAGAAUGUUAAUGGACAUAAAAACAUAUAUAUUUUUAUAAUUUUGUCAAAAAAACUUAAACAGUAAUAUAAUAAAAAAAACAAAAAGUUAUAAAAUAUUAUUUUCUAAUAUACCUUAUGAUGUAUAUAAUUUUAAACAUUGUUUAGUUAGGCUAAAAUAUUUUUUAUACGAAAAUUAUUCCGUAAUUGAUGAAACACGUAGAUAAUAUAAUAUAUUAUUGUGUGUGUAAUAAAACUGUUUUUAUAGUUUAAAAAUGAGAUAAUAUGUGCAUCGUUUGAAUUAUAAUUAGUAAACAACGUCUUUUAAGUUGCAAAUAUAUGGUGAAUGCCUAAUACCGAAAGUAUGAGCUGGAGGAACAUCUAGAAGAACCUGGAAUAAUAUUACUGUUAUAUAAAUUUUCAAUUUUAAUUAAAGUUUCUAUAAAUUAUAUUAUUAUGCUUUAUACAGAAUAUGUAUAUACCUUUUCUGGACAAUGAGCACCAGGACCAGGAAUUUUGGAAUGAUCACUUGGUAACUCAAAUCGUGCACUUAUGCUGUAAGCUGGACUUUUGACUCUAACUGCAUCUGGUUUUAUAGUUUCAUAUGCACCAGGACCAGGGACUAAAAUUCUUUCAUCUGCGAAAGUCUUUUGUCUACCAGAAAUGGAAUAUGCAGGUGCUGUCUUUUUAUUCCCUUCUUUUGUUGAACCAAGGACAGAAGGUAUGUUAUAUACAUUAGGUGCUAUGAGUAAAAGAAAAUAAAUGAUAUGUAAAAUUAUUUCAUAACAAUAAAAAAUUAACAUAUAAGAAAUCUGAAGAAAACAGAUUAUUUAUAUAGAAGAAUCGACUUAUGCUCGUUAAUGUAUAUUUAUUACAUUUCACUUAUUGAAUAGAUUUUAUGUGAGACUAAUAUCAUUUCGAUUAUGAAGUUUUACUAUUUUCUAUUAUUUUCUAUGAACAACUACUACAGAGUGCAAAUACAUAAUGCAUGCUAUACUUAAGUGUGAUAUACAGCAAUUACAUUUGUUAAUUUAACUAUUAAGAUAAGCAGGUAUUUCUAAUUACCUGGAGUAUCGUUUAAUCUGCUCAUUGGAGGUCUAAGACCAAAAGUGAAUUGUAGAGCUUUUUCUAGCAAAAACAUGGCUUUCUCUGGACUGUAUUCACCAGGUCCUUCAAAUAAAAAUAUUAAGCAAAAAUUCUA